AUGAACGAUAGCUUGCUGACUAAGUCAAGCGAGAGUCAAUAUGAGCAACGUCGGAAAUAUCAAAAUCGGCUUGCACAGCAGAGAUAUCGCGAACGACACCGGCCCAAGAAGACUCCAACUACGACCCCGAGCCAACCUUGCGAGCAUAAUCCCGUUUCCUGCAACACGCAAAUCGAACAAGAUGGGCAUAGGCAGCUGGGAAAUAAUGGUCAAAAUCCAGUAGCUCAUGGUCGGGACUCACAGGGAACUGAACGGGAAACUCACCCGCAACGGCUGCAACCGGAAAUGACCCAGUCUUAUUCUCAUGACAUGUUCUGGCAGGCAAGCUGUAGCAACCUUACGCAGGGUCUUCAGCCAGCAUUAUUCGACAUACCUCUCCCAAGUCCUGGGAGGCAUUUACCAGAUUUCAGCUUCAACCCUGGUCGGGAUAAUGGCAAUAACCUUCAUGAGACUCAGCCAUCGACCCCAGUUUCCUGUACCCAACGCUCUGAUGAACAGACAAAGACCGCGAUAGCCAUCCUCCGGAGACAAAAGCAACACCUUGGAGCGCAGACGGAUCAACUCCUUAGCCAACUUGUGGACUUGUAUCAGCUUGGAGUCUCGCUUGAUAUAUUCCCCUUCGAUUCUGAGCUCGAGGAUAUCUUUAUAAUGUUAAAGUCAAAAUUUGGUCUUUUACAACAAACAUUGGAAGCCUCUCCUCGCAUACCUUGUAUUACCCAUAGCCAUGGUGAUUAG